AUCUUUUAAUAAUAAUGAGGUAAACACGCUUUUGCAUUUUUCAUUCAUUGCUUUUUUGGCUUUGGAGAUUUGCUACGCUUUAAUGUAAUCGUGAUCCAGUAGCAUUAUCAUCUCACGAUUAAUUAUUUCCCAUAAUGCCUCGCGUCAGGGCUCGCUGGCGCUGUCUGUGGUGCUGAAACUGCUCUCGCCGGCGGCAAGAGACACAGCAGAGGAAAUCUGAGCCUGCGUCCAGCAUCACCUCCAUGCAAAGGCGUUCCUUGCUGCUCGAUGGCUUAAAUCGAGGUAAACGAGAAAAAUCGGCAAACCUGCUUUAUCGUUUUAAUCUGUCAACACUAUAGCGGUUUACUUUCUUUGUUCCGUUUUUAGACGAGAGCCAUUAGUGUUGUGUUUAUUAAAGAUACUAUCUAGUUGUAUUUUUCGGCUUCCGUUCGCCUCGCGUCCUUUAUGCACAGCACGCUGCUCCAGCCUUUAAAGAGAACACAGGCAUCCGUGUCGAAACAGCAUGGCUACGUACAGUCGUGCGCACUGAACGAGAUGGAAGCGAAGCAGCACUCGAUCAAGAGCCUGAAGAGCUAUCCGGAGGCUGGGGGCCGGAGUCUAGCGGCGGCGGCGGGUGGGGACGGCGGAGGGUACCGUGUCGGCGGCGCGGAGAUGGAGAUGGAGGCGAAAAUACAGAAAGCGAUCGACUUUAAACUGGAGGGUCACCGUUGCUACAAGGAGAAGAAAUUCCGGGAAGCUAUUGGGAAGUACCACAGGGCGCUACUGCAAUUAAAAGGGAUCCAUGUCGUCGACGGGACCACCGGAUCCGAGGUGAACCUUCUGAACCAAGCGGCGGCUAAACUGACGGAAGAGCAGCGGAGAUCCGUGGAGAGCACCGAGAUCGAAUGCUAUGACAGUCUGACAGCUUGCUUGCUGCAGUCAGAACUGGUGAAUUAUGAGCGAGUUAAGGAAUACUGUUUGAAGGUACUGGGACACCAGCAGGAUCACUUCAAGGCCAUGUACCGUGCUGGGAUUGCCUUCUACCACCUGGGAGACUACGAGUGUGCCCUGCGUUACCUACGCGACGCUAAGUGCCGUGAACCCACAGACACAAACGUACUGCGAUACAUCCAACUGACGGAGAUGAAGAUGAGCAAGACCGGUCAGCAGGUGCGCGAGAGCGGGAAAGAGUCUUUGGGUUAACUCCGACCGCCCCCUGAUCCGCCCCCUUAUGCCACGCCCUAAUCCUUAUAGAAAAGCUCUCUUUCUGAGUCUCUCCCCUUUCCCACAAUGCCUCUCAUCCUUUUGGACAACCAGGAUACAUGUGCUGUAUCCCUCUCAGAAAGCAGACUCAAAAAGCAGGGCACAGCUACAGCACAGAUCCCACAACUGUCUUCUCUCGCUUUGAGGUAUCUCUGUCCCUUUAAAUCAAACUUCCCCGGUGCUUUUCAUUUCCCAGGUAUGGCGAAUCUGACUGACGAAUGAACAACACGCAAGAAAACAAAAGGGCGGAAAUGCUGUAUAAUAAUUAUAUAAACCAUGGGGGGGUCUGAUAUAACAGUUAAAUGAUCAAGUACGGAUAUCAAAAUGUGCAUAAUGUAUUUUAUAGAAUGAAAAAUAAUGUGGGAUGGUUGAAAUGAGAUGUGGUCCUGUUAGUUUUGAAUCUGUUUGGAAGAGAAAAGAGUGAAAGCACAUGUAUCAAACAUUGCUACUGAAAUGCAGAUGAUAAAGUUCAAUGAUUAGGAUCGUGACCACUGAACUCACUUUGAAGAGACACUUCUCUCGUUACACAUGAGAAAGUGAGAGGUCAAUGUAUCGGAACAAGAUCUUUAUUCACAUUCGCCUGCAAUGCCUGUUAUUUUCCGCUUCCUUCUUUUUCUCUCUCUUGAAUUUGGGCAUAUCUCGAAUCAAUUUCUAAACUAUUUCAAUUCAAGGGCUAAUUCAAGUGUUUGUAAUUCGUCCUUCAGUAUUGAUUUUGUUUUUCUCGGUUUGCUGAUCAAUGUUCAAUGGAAGUAGUUUAAGCAAGUUGUUAUCUUUCCCUUUCUUAAAGGAACAAAAUCCUCUGUACUGAUGUUAGCAGGUGUUUCGUGAACCAUGUCGUCCAUUUCUCCUGGCAUAUGUUGUAACAUUGAACUGUCUCAUAGCCCCCCUCCCCGUCAACCUGAUGAUGUCAUGAUGGUAAAGCAGCCUGCUGUUAUGUUAAUAACUAAUGGAGCCAUAUUGAAAACUCCCUGAUGUGUUUUAUAAAAAAAAUGGGAUCAACGCUAUCAGAAGCACUUGGUAAAGGUCUGACACGCGC